UACGACAGUUGCUUUGCGGUAGCACCGGAAAAGAAAGAUGGCGGCUACCUUGCUAGGUGCUCCGCGAGCGGUUCCUGCACCCUGCUGGGGACCAGAGGCCAUCACCCCGGACUGGGAAAACCGAGAAGUCUCCACAGGGACCACGAUUAUGGCUGUGCAGUUUGACGGGGGCGUGGUUCUAGGGGCUGACUCCAGAACAACCACUGGGUCCUACAUCGCCAAUCGAGUGACUGACAAGCUGACUCCUAUUCAUGACCGCAUUUUCUGCUGCCGCUCAGGUUCAGCAGCUGAUACCCAGGCAGUAGCAGAUGCUGUCACUUAUCAGCUUGGUUUCCACAGCAUUGAGUUGAAUGAGCCUCCACUGGUACACACUGCAGCCAGCCUGUUUAAGGAGAUGUGUUACCGAUACCGGGAAGAUCUGAUGGCAGGAAUCAUCGUCGCAGGCUGGGACCCUCAAGAAGGAGGGCAGGUCUACUCAGUCCCCAUGGGAGGUAUGAUGGUAAGGCAGUCCUUUGCCAUUGGAGGUUCAGGGAGCUCAUAUAUCUAUGGCUAUGUUGAUGCUACCUUUCGGAAAGGCAUGACCAAGGAAGAGUGUCUACAAUUCACUGCCAAUGCUCUUGCUUUGGCCAUGGAGCGGGAUGGUUCCAGUGGAGGGGUGAUCCGCCUGGCAGCCAUUGAAGAAUCAGGGGUUGAGAGGCAGGUACUUUUGGGUAACCAGAUACCCAAAUUCACUUUUGCUGCUUUACCACCCCCCUGAAUCCUGAGAUUCUAGGCUGCAAUAAGAGAUACCAAUACCCCAUAAUGAUUUAAAGAUUGAGGGCCAGGAAUGUAGCUCAGCAGCACAGUGCCUGCCUGGCAAGCCCUGAGUUUGAUUCCUGGUCAUCCA